AUGGACGGCUUUCCCCCCUUGCCGGCCGAGAUUACUCGUCUCAUCGCCAUCGAAAUUGUGAGGGCCCGCAGUAUCAAGCGCGCUCUGCGCCUACGCCGUGUCAACCGUUCAUGGGACUACGAGAUCGUGGAAGCAAUAGUGGAAUCGGGAGUCCUCGAGGAGAACCCCAAGGUCAAGGCGUAUUGGACUCCUUUGAAGGCCAAGUACGUCAUGCACAAGCUGCAACAGCGCGAAGGCCUACUAUCGCGAGGGUUCCGCAUCGUACGCAAGGUUGCGCAGCGUCUCGUGGCCCUUCGAACAGGAAAACCAGAGUCCGAGACUCAAGACGAAAUCCAAGAAGUCCUCUGGGAGUUCUGUAAAGUCACGCAAGAUUAUUACCGAUAUAACGAGGAUUCGUGGUUUGAGGUGCCUGAAGAGAUAGAACCUAUCGAUGAAUCGGAAGGGGCUUUCAGAGGAACGAUGGUUGCAGGCGCGGUCGCUUUAAACGACCUGCAUCUGCUCCGGCAAGUCCUUCCGUUAGUGGAAGACGAAGACAGUGAACACUUGAUCCACAUGCAAACAGACAUAGAAGAUUAUGUGCUCGGCUGGCCGCUAGAUAUUGCGGCCUACAGAGGCUACACUGAAGCGCUGCGCAUGCUGUUUAAGGUUGUGCAACCCCGCCUGGGGCGUACAAGUGCAUGGUCAAGUGCAAUAGAGUGUGCGAGCGCAGGCAGUCAGAUUGAGACGGCCAAGCUCUCUCUGUUUCCCCUUGGCAAUUCAACUGCCGACGAACCAUACGAGGAUUUACUCUCAGAAAUGAAAACGAAAACCCCCGAAGUAUUCGACUGCCUCUAUGAGUGGUGCAAAGACAACUUACUCAAAUCACAUUACAAACCUGGGGAAAUUCGGGAUUUAGAACACGCGCGGUCAGAGCUUCGAGAUCAGGCGUACCGCUGGGCCAGCUCAUAUGGAAACCUCCCCAUGAUGAAGUAUCUUGUCGACCACGGAGUCCCGCCCAAGCUUGAAGAACGACUUCCCGAUGACGAAGACACAUUCCACACAAUGAUUAGUGUUGUCGCAGACGGAGGGUAUGACGAUGCCAUGACGUUUUUGCUGGAAAACGGGCAACAGAUUAGCUCCCAAUCACUCGAGUAUGCUUGCCGCCACGGGAAUCCCGCUUGUGUAAGAAUUCUUCUUGAACACGGCGCCAAAGACACUUUCAAGCCAGGGAGUGCUCUGCUCGAGGCUGUGAAGGGAGAACAUGAGCAGGUGUUGCAUUUGCUUGAGUCAGACGGUUCGGUGAGCGAAGAUCACAGGAAACAAGCUAUGGAAUUCGCGGAGAAAGAAGGCUUGGAGUCAAUGUCUCAGCUCAUCAAAGAUUACAUGUAG